AUGGAUGUGCACCAGUCACACAUGGCGGGAGCACAACCUCAUCCACCAUCAUCAACUUCUAGUGCCUUGUCGCACUACAAUCAAUACCAACAGCCUCCACUGCUGCAACCUGGGCCUGGCAGCUAUUCCCCUGCGCCGCAUCAGUAUAGCCAAUAUGGAUAUGCCAACAGUGUCACAUCUCCCCAAUCAGCCACGCACCCGUCUUCUGCUACUGUAGGGUCUCAGAUGAACACCCAAAUCUUACCGUUGCCUGCGAUGACUACGCCUCAGCCCCCGCCUGGGGCCGGACCACAAGGUUAUCCGCAACAUACAUUUGAUACGACUGGGCAGAUCGCGCCCCCGGGCAUGAAGCCUAGAGUUACUGCUACAUUGUGGGAAGACGAAGGCAGUCUCUGCUUCCAAGUUGAAGCGAAAGGAGUGUGUGUUGCGCGGAGAGAAGAUAACCAUAUGAUCAAUGGGACUAAGUUGCUCAACGUGGCUGGAAUGACUCGCGGUCGACGCGACGGCAUACUGAAGAGCGAAAAGACCCGCCAUGUUGUUAAGAUUGGUCCUAUGCAUCUCAAGGGAGUCUGGAUCCCCUUCGAGAGGGCUCUUGAUUUCGCGAAUAAGGAAAAGAUUACAGAACUGCUAUAUCCGCUUUUCGUUCAUAAUAUCGGCGCGUUACUCUAUCAUCCGUCCAAUCAAAACCGGACCAAUGCGGUCAUGGCGGCUGCGGAGCGUCGGCGAUACGAGAGCACUCAACAGCAGCAGCAACAGCAGCAGCAGCAACAGAUGCGCAGCUCGCAAGGCCCGCAGCCGCCGGCGCUCCAUCAUCACCAUCAUCACUCUAUUAGUGGAUCUUUGGCACCGCAGUUGGGUCAGCCUGCUCAUUCUUUGGCUCCUCAUCCAGGGCCAGCCCGACCCAUCUUGGACCGGGCACAUACUUUUCCUACCCCACCAACUAGCGCGUCAAGCCUGAUUGGCAUAGGAGGCCAAGGAUCGUCCUACGAGUGGAAUGGCCAGCCUUUGUCAAGUGCCCAAAAUACGCAGCCCCUUUCGAUUGACACUGGUUUAAGUAACCCACGGUCUAUGCCUACAACACCAGCCACGACACCCCCGGCAAGUUCUAUGCAAACCCUCCAGCCGUAUCAGAACAGCCAGGGCUACGAUACUUCCCGGUCACUGUACUCUGCUGCACCGCCGCAGCAACAGACCCAGUACCCUUCGCAAACAAAUGUUACCCAGCAGAAUUUGGCUCGUUUUGGACCGCCUCUCCAAUCCAGUCACUACAUGAAAAGCGAAAUGGGACCACCGUCAGGCAGGGCGCCGGGAACGGGCGGCGAAUACGAUCAUCCUCCUCAAUCAAAAAAUCACGAUCCCAAUCUCGGGCAACAUCAAGGAGCUGAACAAGUGAGCCAUACUGGGAGUGCCGAUGAGUCCGUCAAUGACCAAGAGGGCGACUAUCAUGACAAUGGCGCCGCUGCCGCCGCAUAUAAUGCGAACCGUAGUCACUAUAACUAUAGUUCAGGUGCUCCUGUCGGCACGAUAGCUGACCACUCUCAUCUAUCUCCGGAAAUGACAGGCUCGCCCUCUCAUCAAAAUGGGUCCGGCCAGGCAACGCCCCGCACCACUGCUUCGUCACAGUCUCAUUGGGCUGCCGGUUAUAGUACCCCUCCUCGGCCCCAAUUACCACCAUCAAGCAAUUUAUACAAUGUCAUGAGCGAUGCGAGAGGAAGCACUGCGAAUGGAAAUGGCGGAGGUGAGGGCUAUUCUUCCACGACCGGUCUUGGAGCGACGAUGCAAACUGGCUAUACAUCACAGCCUCAUCCACCGUCUUCUAACGGCGCCGUUGCAUCGAACAAACGCCUUCGAGAUAUCGACGACGAUGAUCAAGAUCCCUAUGCCCGGCCGCCUGGUCGUGACGUCAGCGGUGAAGUGGAGGUUGAAGGUCUAAAGCGCAGGAAAACAAUCCGAGAAGGUGACAUGGGUGGCGCCGUUGGGGCUGUCACGUUUGAUAGAGAUAUAGGCAGGCCAUUGAAUAGGGCGAGAUCAACGAUUGUGCAGCGGCGCCGAUAA